UCCACUUGUCAAGUCCACCGAUCUCUGAUUCGAUCGUCAUAGCUGUCAUCGUGCAACUCCUUCUCCAAGCUCAUGCGUCUCAAUCUUUCCAUCCUCAAGCGCAGCCUAAUGACAUCUUCAGGAUCAGCAGCCUCGCCCCCCUCCUUGCCCUCGUGCUCCUCUUCUUCCGCUUCCAGCUCCGCAACAUACACGCCAGCCAACUACAAAGCCCAGCGAAAUGAAAUGGGAGUAUUCACCACGCCUCCUUAUUCGACAGCUAUCAAGGCGUUCUGGCGAUACAAAGACAAGGAAGUAGCUGAGAAGAGCGCGAAGGAGAUAUGGCAGAUCUUUGAACGAUACAAGGAGAUGAAGGAUUUCGUAGGGUCAGUCGAACCUAUAUCUUGCACCGUUUUUUCUACUUUGUUGACGUGAUAUGCAGUAUGGACAUUGCCAGGAAGUUC